GGGUGUGGGGACGGAUCCUCAUAUGGCUGUGGUGCUGCCGUCUGAUGCCAAACUGAAGAAGAAGAGCUCGAUGGCCGGCCUGUCGGAGGAGGAGCAGCUGUCCAUCAGGAUAGGUAGAGCAGGAGUUCACUCAGAUAAAAUCGAGAAUGGAGAGGUGUAUCAGAGACGCAGGGGUCUCAACACCGGCCACACAGAGGAGCAUGACGUGAGUCCUAAAGCACAGGAAGUGAGCGGUCAAACAGGAAGCAGCUGGAGGCGAAUCGUUCUGCUGAUCCUGGCCAUCACCAUACACAACAUUCCCGAGGGUUUGGCUGUUGGCGUGGGCUUUGGAGCGGUCGGGAAAACUCCCUCGGCUACGUUUGAAAGCGCCAGAAAUUUGGCUGUAGGCAUUGGCAUUCAGAACUUUCCAGAAGGCCUUGCCGUGAGUCUCCCAUUGCGGGGUUCUGGAGUGUCCACAUGGCGAUCCUUUUGGUACGGGCAGCUGAGUGGGAUGGUGGAGCCUCUGGCGGGGUUGCUAGGGGCCGUUGCUGUGGUGCUGGCGGAGCCGUUGCUACCGUACGCUCUGGCCUUCGCUGCAGGAGCCAUGGUGUAUGUGGUGGUGGAUGACAUCAUUCCUGAAGCCCAAGUCAGCGGGAAUGGCAAACUGGCCUCAUGGACGUCCAUUCUGGGCUUCAUCGUCAUGAUGUCACUGGAUGUGGGGCUUGGCUGAGCCUUUUCAUUGGACGAAUCUUCGAAUGUCAGCUGACUGCACUGAAAAAAAAGUGACCAAAGCAGCCUUUUUUCUCGGUGUAUAGGUUUAUUAAUCAAUGGAAUAUUUUUCUACUUAAUGUAUUUUAUGUAAUUUUUUUUUUUUGUUAUUUUAUUUGUUUUAUAUGGGAGCCCAUU